AGCACGAAAGGAUCGUGUGUGAACGAUUUAAACGUUGUGUUUUAGAUAACAAUAAAUGCCAUGGGGUUGCAAUACAUUUUAAAUGUAGAUAAAGAACAGUAGGCUCUUUCUUCUGAAAGAUUAACGCUUUCUACGCGGCUGUAGCACAAAGCAGGCUAGUGUGAAGCUGUCUGCUCAAUAAAGAAUGAAGUUGAUCAUCCUCGAGGACUAUGAUCAAACCAGCGAGUGGGCUGCGAAAUACAUCAGGAACCGAAUCGUAAAGUUUAAACCCGGUCCGAACAAGUACUUUAUAUUAGGUCUUCCAACAGGAGGUACACCUCUGGGAUGUUACAAGAAACUAAUUGAGUUCUACAAGAAGGGGGAGAUUUCCUUCCAGUAUGUCAAAACAUUCAAUAUGGAUGAGUAUGUUGGGCUGCCGAGAGACCAUCCUGAAAGCUAUCACUCCUUUAUGUGGAAUAAUUUCUUUAAGCACAUUGACAUAAGAGCAGAGAAUGCUCAUAUCCUAGAUGGCAAUGCCCCAGACUUGCAAAAAGAGUGCCAGGAUUUUGAGGCCAAGAUCCAAGCUGCUGGAGGGAUUGAUCUCUUUGUUGGGGGGAUCGGACCUGAUGGCCACAUUGCUUUCAAUGAGCCUGGGUCUAGCCUUGUCUCCAGGACCAGAGUGAAGACCCUGGCAAUGGAUACCAUCCUGGCCAAUGCCCGGUUCUUUGAUGGAGAUCUCUCCAAAGUGCCCACCAUGGCGCUCACUGUGGGCGUGGGCACAGUCAUGGAUGCUCGAGAGGUCAUGAUCCUCAUAACAGGGGCACACAAAGCAUUUGCCUUGUACAAGGCCAUAGAGGAGGGAGUGAACCACAUGUGGACUGUGUCUGCAUUCCAGCAGCACCCCCAAACUAUCUUUGUGUGUGAUGAAGAUGCCACCCAAGAGCUAAGAGUCAAAACAGUGAAAUACUUCAAAGGGAUGAUGCAUGUCCACAAUAAACUGGUGGAGCAAUAACCAGAUGAGGAUCAUGUAUACUGCGUCUGCACUGAUCUGAGUCAGAUAGUCUAUCACCAUUUGAUUUUGAUGUGUUAACUGAUCUGUUGUGAAUUCCAAACAUAGGCCUACAUGUUUAGUGCGCCUACUUUUCAUCAUAAAUUUGAUUCACCAUGUUGCCUUACUCAUUAUUUUCUUACUUUUUGUAUGCUUCAUACACUAAAUAAAGCGCUUUGGCAUUGCAUAAUUACAAAA